GUGAAAUGCACGCACACAAUGCAUGGAUGGUCUGUGAUUAAUGCACGGAUGAUGGUUAGAGCGGAGAAUUUUUCGUCGUGAAUCACGCUGAGAUUCGAUCGGAAUUCCUAAGCGGAAGUGGGUGGUUAGUCACCCCCAAAUCUGGCCCACUUUCAAACUCCAAUCACACAUUUGCUUGUUGUGUGCAUUCCCGCGUUGAUGGAUUUGUAACCAGGCUGCGACAGAUCGGAGAAAAAAAUCGGGAAAGAGAUAGCCUUAAUUUGUGUUUAUGAUCUUCGAAGGCCCUUCACUGAUUUGUACACUCAAGGCAAUGUUCAGGACUUGACGAACUCGCAAUUGUCGUAUCGACCGUCAGAAAUUUGCCUUUUUUCAGCAUCAACAUGGCAGCAAUGCGGAGUUUGGACGACAUUGAUCUGUCAAGUUUAAGGGAUCCGGCCGGAAUCUUUGACCUGAUGGAAGUGGUCGGCAAUGGAACCUACGGUCAGGUGUAUAAGGGUCGCCAUGUCAAGACGGGUCAGCUGGCAGCCAUCAAGGUCAUGGACGUCACAGAGGAAGAGGAAGAGGAAAUCAAACUGGAGAUAAACGUUUUGAAAAAGUAUUCACAUCACAGAAACAUAGCCACGUACUACGGGGCGUUCAUCAAGAAGGGCAUACGAGGCACAGAUGACCAAUUAUGGUUGGUGAUGGAGUUUUGUGGGGCGGGAUCUGUGACGGAUCUGGUCAAGGCGACCAAGGGCAAUGCCUUGAAGGAGGAGUGGAUCGCCUACAUCUGCCGUGAAAUUCUGAGGGGUCUAAGUCAUCUCCAUGCCAACCAUGUCAUCCACAGAGAUAUCAAGGGGCAGAACGUACUCCUGACAGAGGAUGCGGAGGUCAAACUAGUUGACUUUGGGGUGAGCGCCCAACUGGACAAGACCAUCGGUCGCCGCAACACCUUCAUCGGUACCCCGUAUUGGAUGGCGCCCGAGGUCAUUGCCUGCGAUGAAAACCCUGACGCGACCUACGACAACCGCAGUGACCUGUGGUCCCUGGGGAUCACCGCACUGGAGAUGGCCGAGGGACAGCCCCCCCUUUGCGACAUGCACCCCAUGAGGGCACUUUUCCUCAUCCCAAGGAACGUGCCGCCCAAGUUGAAGAGCAAAAAAUGGAGUAAGAAGUUCAUCAACUUUGUGGAGAAGUGCCUGGUGAAGAACUACCACGAUCGCCCCAACACCACACUGCUCCUGAAGCACCCGUACAUCAAGGACCUGCCCAACGAGAGGCAGGUUCGAAUCCAGCUGAAGGACCACAUUGACCGCACCAAGAAAAAGAGAGGACAGGGAAUCACUGUGCCGAUACACGUGGAGGAUUCAGCGACUGACUAUGACUACAACAGUAAUGAGAGUGAAGAGGACGGAGAAAUUGAAGACGAAGGAGAACCCAGCUCCAUGCUGCCUGGCCCCAGCGAGGCCACCCUGCGUAAGAACUUCCAGCGGCUGCAGGCGGAAGAGGGUCGUCGCCGGGAGUCGCCCGCCCCCCGCUACCGGCCCCCAGACAACCUGCGGCCCAUCCCCAGCCAGGCGCCCCAGCAGAGCCGGGCCCCCCACCAGCAGCAGCCGGUGCUACCCCAGCAGCAGCAGUACCCGCCCCCAGCCAGACAGCAGCAGCAGGCCCAGCAGCAACAACCCCAGGGCCGUCAGCCGGGCAGACCGCUCAGCGCCCAGCUGCCCCAAGCCCCGCCGCAGAACCGGCAGCAAGCGAGGCUGAGCCAGGCCGUGGAGGAGCACACCCCGCCCCCAACACCAAAAACUCCAAUCCGGGUCGAGGCCCCCAGGGCACAGCCGGUAAUAACGCAGCACAUGGCCCACAGACCACAAGUUGCUCAGGUCAGUGAAGUGAGGGCGGACCAAGUCAGGAAGGAACAGCCCAAACAGGCAAUCAACCAAGGCAGACCCAAGAACCCAGCUGACUUGGAUGCCCUGGCAGCCCAGCUGAGUGCAAUGGGUGGGCAAGGCGAGGGGGGAAGCGAGGGGGGCAGCGUGGACGACGAAGACGAAGAUGAGGAGGCGCCGGAGAGCGGUCCUGACGGCACCGUGCUGGCAUCUGAACCUCCCGUGCCGCUGCCUGAGCAAGGAGAAUAUGAUGCCGAUACCUUGGCAACAUUUGUAGUCCAUGAAGAUCCCAAUGAGAGUAACAUCAGCACCGAGAGUUCGUCAAGCUUUGUGCCCCAACCCUCAGGACCAGGGCGGACACAGGUCGACGUGGGUCCGACGAGACAAGGGGCUCCCCCUGGCAGCAGCCAGGCAGGGGGUAGCGGGCUAGGGAGACCCCACUCAGGCUCCCCAGCCAACCAGAGAAAAUCCUCCAAGACGGAGAGCCCUAACCAACCGAGAAGGAUUUCGGAUGGCCAGUCGCGGCCCAGCAACCUGGAGGUUGGCAGCGACGUCCUUCCGGAUCUCCUCAUGCAGCAGCAGAGCCCCAUCGGCGCGGGCAAGGCCCAGGCUCCACAGGACAAGGCGUCCUCGGACGAGGUUGAAGGGGGCGAUGACGACGUGUUCACUGAGCAUGCCCAGAUGGGCACCAGUGAUUCGUCAAAACAUCCUAGCUCAAUUCACGCCCAGUACCGUCUGGCAAUCAGCAAUAACCCCAAGGGGCCCAUGGCCAACGUCAAAUCGCCCAUGCGCAAGCAGACCUCCUUCUCGGCCUUCGGCUUCGGGGCCAGCCCGACCAACCCCAACCCGCCGGGCUUUGCGCCCAUGCGGCGGGGCUCCAACAUCUCGGUCAACGUCAAGCCCACCACGCCCGACAGCCUGAACGACAUGCCUGAGAUCCGCAAGUACCGCAAGAAGUUCAACUCGGAGAUCCUGUGCGCGUCGCUGUGGGGUGUGAAUCUGCUGAUAGGCACAGAUAGUGGCCUGACGUUACUGGACAGGUCUGGCGAAGGGAAGGUCUAUCCGCUGAUAUCGCGCAAGCGAUUUGAGCAGAUGGACGUCCUGGAGAGCCAAAACAUACUCGUCUGUAUAUCGGGGAAGAAAGCAAAGCUACGAACAUACUUCUUGUCGUGGCUGAAACAGAAGAUCGUGAAGAACGACGACAACAGCCACAUCCAGUCGCAAACCAUGGACAAGCGCAAGGUCGGGUUCGUCUCAGUCGGGGACCUGGAGGGCUGCAUUCACUACAAGGUGGUCAAGUAUGAGAAGAUAAAGUUCCUGGUCAUCGCUUUGAAGGACAGUAUCGAGAUCUACGCCUGGGCACCCAAGCCCUAUCACAAAUUCAUGGCAUUCAAGACAUUUUCCAGCCUGACCCACCGGCCUCAGAUUGUUGACCUGACUGUGGAGGACAACCAGAGGUUAAAGGUCAUCUAUGGGUCAUCUGCUGGUUUCCACGCCAUCGACCUGGACUCAGGUUCAGUGCAGGACAUCCACAUCCCGUCGUUAGAUAUGGGAAGCAUCGUCCCCCACUGUAUAGUCAUCUUGCCCAACAGUCAAGGAAAGAACUUGUUGCUGUGUUACAACAACGAAGGGGUAUUCGUAGAUACCAACGGGGCUCCGUUCAAAGACGUCACUCUACAGUGGGGAGAGCUGCCUACGUCCGUGGCUUACAUCAGUACGGGCCAGAUUAUGGGCUGGGGCAACAAGGCCAUCGAGAUCCGCUCGGCCGAGACCGGCCACUUGGACGGGGUUUUCAUGCACAAGCGCAGCCAACAGCUGCGGUUCCUGUGCGAACGCAACGACAAGGUGUUCUUUGCCUCAAUUCGGCCCUCCAAUUCUCAAGUGUACUUUCUGACACUGCGAGCUGGUCUCGGCAACUGGUAGUAGUAGCCACCCCCCCUUCUCUGUAAACAAGCCCCACCCACUCACUUCCUCUGGUCGUAUUAUAGAGAACGUACAUGUACAUGUAGUUGUGUUUGCACAGGUGUGGGUGUGUGUGAGUAUGCUAACCUUUACAUGCCCAGUGUAGACUGGUGAACAAUAUGUGUCCACACAAUGCAGGAAGGGAAGACGUUCUGUGGACUGAGCCACGUCCGCAGGACGUUUUUCCUUCUCUGGAAAAGAAGCUUAGAGGCAUUUGGGGGUUAGGGUUAUCUGUCGUAAAAGGAAGAGCAACAGUCAGGGAAACAUUUCUUAAAAAUCCAGCUGCAAAUCGUGUUCACAGUUCAAGAAAACUUAGUAUUUUCCACGAGUUUUCUGAGCUGCACGAAAGCAAAGGACUGUCCACACUAGGUAUGGAAGGUAAAAAUGUGUUGGUGCGUGUGUGUGUUGUAUGCUGGAGCUGAGGUUGG